AUGGAAGCACUUAUACUUUUAAGUUCACAACAAAGUGGGUCAAUUAAAAAUAAUUGUGCAUCAACAAGUGAUAUUGAAAAUGUAGAGGAUGACGAUAGUAUUGUUAUAGUUUCAGAUUCACCAACGUCGUCACCAGUAACAUUAUCAACCUCAUCACCAGUAUCAUCAUCUUCAUCAUCCUCACCAAUUUCAACAUCUGUAGUACCACCAACAUCAUCAUCAUCCAAUAAAAAAGCCAAUGGAUUAUUUUCAUUGAUUGCAACUGAAUUAAGUCAACUCGAUCGUUCAUCUCCAUCUUCAUCUCCAAAUACACCAAAAACUCCAAAAACUCCAAAAACUCCAAAAACACCAAAGAAAACAUCACCAGAUUCAAAUGAAGCCAACCAAGAGGUACCAAAACAAAAAGAAGUUUUUGAACAUACACCAACUACAACUUCCACCUCUACAACUCCAAUAAAACCUGUAAAAGAUCCAAAAGAAAAAGAAAAAGAUUUAGAAAAUGAUAGAAAAAGACAAUCAUUCAUGUUACAUUGGAGAUUUAAACCUUCAACUGCUAAUAAUACAAAUAAUAAUAAUAAUAUUAAUAAUAAUAACAAUAUAAAUAGUAGUAGUAGUAGUAAUAAUAAUAAUAAUAAUAAUAAUAAUAAUAAUAAUAAUAAUAAUAAUAAUAAUAAUAAUAAUAAUAAUAAUAAUAAUAAUAUUAAUAAUAGUAGUAAUAAUAAUAGUAAUUGUAAUAAUAACAACAAUAAUAAUAAUAAUAAUAAUAAUAAUAAUAAUAAUAAUAGUAAUAAUACACAACCUUUAUCACCUACAACAGCAUCUCAACAAGCAAAUUCACAACAAAACCAACAAUCAUCACCUACUUCAUCACAAACUAAUGAAACUAAUGGUAAUCCACCCGAGUUUAAUAGAGGAAGAAGAAAUUCAACCCCAUCAUUACAAAACUUUGUUUCUCAUUGGAAAUUUGAUCCAAAAGCACAUCAAAAACAACAAAUACUUCAACAACAUCAACAACAAUUACUUUUACAACAACAAGAACAACAAUUACAACAACAAUUAUUACAACAACAACAACAACAACAACAACAACAACAACAACAACAACAACAACAACAACAACAACAACAACAACAACAACAACAACAACAACAACUACAACAACAACAACAACAACAACUACAACAACAACAACAACAGCAACAACAACAACAGCAACAAUAUUUUAGACCAAUUUCUCCUGAACAUAUAUAUGAAUCACCAAAUGAAAAUAAUAAUGGUGGUUCAUUCCAAAAACCAAAUACUCAUUUCCAUCCAUAUAGUAGAGGCCCAUUGGGAUUGAAUCUAAAAGGUGUGUCUGGCUCCCCCUCUCAUUCUCCUAGAGUUUCCCAAUCUCCAAGAGUUCCAUCACAUCCACACUCUGCUGAUCAAUCACCCUUCCACACACCAAGACAAACUGAGAGAAGAUUGUCUCUACCAAGUGUUCCAUCUUAUCAAGCAGCAUAUCAAUCAUACCAACAACAACAUACUCAACAACAAACUACAAUUCAACAACAACAAAACCAACAACAUCAAUAUCAACAACAAUAUCAACAAUUACAACAAUUACAACAACAACAACAACAACAACAACAACAACAACAACAACAACAACAACAACAACAACAACAACAACAACAACAACAAUCGUCAUCGCCACCAUCACCACCAUCGCCACAAUCUCAACCACAAAAUUCAUCAUCACCUCGUCAACCAUCACAAACUCCACAAUUUUAUAUACCAAUAUCAAAUAUACACCGUCAUCAUCAACAAAUUCAUUCACCACAUUUAUCUCCACAUCCACCACAUUCACCUCAUAUGCCACAAUCUCCCCAUAUGCCUCAUUCUCCACAUCUUAUGCCUCACUCACCACAUUCGCCUCAUAUGCCACAUUCGCCUCAUAUGCCUCAUUCACCUCAUAUGCCACAUUCACCUCAUAUGCCACACUCACCCCAUAUGCCACAUUCGCCUCAUCAUAUGCCACACUCACCUCACUAUGGAUCAUCACCAAAUUUAAAUGGUGGAAAGGGUAGUAAUAACUUUUUACAAUCAAUACCGGAAGUUCCUUAUGGUAAUAAUCUAACAAAUUUAAAUGGUAGUAGCGUAGAUUCCUAUUCAAAUUCCUCUCCAACUCCUCAAUCUCCACCUUUUUCACCUCAUCAUCAAUCAACCAUCAAACCUUGUAUUAUAACACCAUCACCACGUUUAUUAAAAACUCAUAAUGAAAACUAUAUGAGUUCACCAAGACAACCUUUGUCACCUCAUAAUCAACAUGUAUAUUUAAGCCAUUCACCAUCUCCACCCCCAUCAUCAUCACCACAUGAACAUUGUAAUUAUAUUGAUAAAAAUGAUGAGUAUUAUAGUAAUAAUAAUAAUAAUAAUAAUUAUAAUAAUAAUAAUAAUAAUAAUAAUGAAAAUUGUAAUCACUACCAUAAUAAUUCUUCAUCUCAUAAUUAUCAAACAAAUAAUAAUUAUUGUAAUAAUAAUAAUAAUAAUAAUAAUAAUAAUAAUAAUAAUAAUAAUAAUAAUAAUAACAACAAUAACAAUAUUAUUAAUAAUAAUAUUAUAAAAGAAGAUAAGCUUCCAUCAAUGAGAGACUUACUUAGCCAUUUAAAUAUAAAUCAUCAAGACGGUCCUAAUAGUGCAAGUAGUACACCAAGAUUACCAACGGAUCAUAUUAAUAAUAUAGAUGAAAAAUCAAAAUCUAAAUUAUUAUUCUUUUAA